AUGACUUAGAAAGGCAAAUUUAGAAAUGGUAAAAAAAUUGGUUAAUGGAAUAUUUUGAACAAAGAAGAUAAGAUGUAAUAAAUAUUAUAUAAAUUACAUUAUUAUAACCUUGGAGUCGGGGUGGAUCCUACGAUUUAUUAGGUUAUGAAAUAAAGAUUGAUAUGGGUUAAAGUAAAUGAGUAAUUUAAAGAUAAUUUCUAAAUAACUUAAAAGGGUGAAUAUAAAAAUGGUAAAAAGUCUGGUUAAUGGAACAUUUUGAUUAAAUAAAAAUAAAUGUAAUGAAUUUUAUAAAAAAUAUUUAGUGGUGGUGGCUGUUAUGAUGAAAAUAAAAAUAACAUAUAAAUUGGAAAGUUGAUUGAAGUAACUGAGUAAUUUAAAGAUGAUUCAUAAGUUACUUAUAUUGGUGAAUACAAAGACGGUUAAAAAUUGGUCGAUGGUUAAAUUAGAAUAAAGGGGAGUAUUAUUUUCAUUCAUUUUAAUAUAAAUUAAUGGUGGUGGAUUAUAUGAGGAAGGAGGUAAGUGUAUUAAGGUUGGAAAUUGGAUUGAUAUAAGUGAGGCUUUCAAAAAUAAUUCAUAAGUCACUUUUAGUGGUGAAUAUAAAAAUGGUUUAAAAUAUGGUAGAUGGGAUAUUAGGCAAAAAGAUGAUAGAAGAAAUAAUCAAAAUAUAAAAAUGUACAAAAUAUCAUAUAAAACGCUUAAUAUUAACAUGCGUUAGUGGCGGUGGAUCAUAAGACGA